ACGUGAGCAGCAGCUGCAGCGCAAUGACAAGAGUCCCACCCCAACCAAACUGUCCCCUUGUUGCAGCUCACACGGGACCCCUCACACAGCAGCAAAGAAGCCACAAGGAGGGGCUGUCACUUGUGCUCACCACCAGCACCAACAUGUCUUACCAGAAGGAGCUGGAGAAGUACCGGGAUGUAGAUGAGGAUGAGCUCAUGAAGGCCAUGUCCCCCGAGGAACUUGCUCAGCUGGACUAUGAGCUCCAGGAGAUGGACCCAGAGAACAUCCUUCUGCCAGCAGGCAUGCGUCAGAAAAACCAAACCACAAAGACUUCGACUGGGCCACUAGACAGGGAUGCCCUCUUACAGCACCUGGAGAAGGAAGCCAUAGAGUACCAGGAAAGAGAUGACCUGGUACCUUUCACUGGGGAGAAAAAAGGAAAAGCUUUUAUACCCAAACAUGCCAAACGUGAGAUCCCCAAAGAAGAGCAGAUCACAUUAGAGCCAGAGCUGGAGGAGGCUUUGGCCAAUGCCACCGAUGCGGAGAUGUGUGACAUUGCAGCUAUCCUGGGCAUGUACACUCUCAUGAGUAACAAACAGUACUACGACGCUAUUACCUCUGGGAUCAUAAUGAAUAAGGAGGGCAUCAACAGUGUGGUUAAGCCAGACACAUACAAACAAGUCCCAGAUGAACCCCCAAAUCCCACCAAUGUGGAAGAGACUUUGAAAAAAAUCCAGAGCAACGCCUCAGACCUAGUGGAGGUGAAUCUGAAUAAUAUCAAGGACAUUCCUGUCCCAACGCUAAAGGAGAUUUGCCAGGCCAUGAAAACCAACAGCCACGUCACAACUCUGACCAUGGUGGCCACGCGUAGCAAUGACCCUGUAGCCUAUGCUGUGGCAGAAAUGCUGAAAGAGAACAAGACCCUUCAAAGUCUGAACAUUGAAUCCAACUUUAUUACAAAUGCCGGGAUGCUGGCUGUUCUCCAGGCCAUGAGAAGCAACAAUACACUCUCCGAGCUCAAGGUGGACAACCAGCGCCAGAACCUGGGAGAUACAGUUGAGAUGGAGAUGGCCUCAAUGCUGGAGAAUUGCCCUUCCAUCGUACGGUUUGGCUAUCACUUCACACAACAAGGACCAAGAGCCCGAGCUGCCACGGCCAUAACAAGGAACCUGGAGCUUCGUCGCAAGCAGAAGAAGGUCUAAGGAAUCCAUCGCCCUGUUGAUUCUCGAAAAAAUAUCAAUGUUCUUCCGUAGCUAAUUAUUAGGGUCUGUUCUGUGAUGUCACAUUUGUGUGCAGCCCAUUCAUUGGACGGAGGGCCCCAUGUGCUCAUUGCAGUUCUUUCCCUGAGCAUGUGCAGGAGACUUUAAACUGGAAUAAAUAGGGCACACCUGAGGUCUUUAACCUUGUAUAUAUGUUCCUACCCCAAUAUGUAAUUUAUCUCCUAUGUGGCCCCCUCAGAUACACCCAAGACUCAACACUUCAUCCCUGCUCAACUCCAUCUUAAGCCCCACCCCUGCUCAACUCCAUCUUAAGCCCAACUCCUGCUCAACUCCAUUUUAAGCCCCACCCCUGCUCAACUCCAUCUUAAGCCAGACCCCUGCUCAACACUAUCAUAAGCCCCACUCCUGCUCAACUCCAUCUUAAGCCCCAACCCCUUCUACAUGUACGGCACCUUCUCUCUUUACAGGCUGCACUUUAACCCUCACAACGUCAUGCCGAAGGCUGCAAAGGUGCUGAACCGACGUAAAUACCAAGGGUUUGGGAAAAUACCUUAUAUUUAAAUAAAGAUGUAAAUAAAGUGACUUUGAACUCAA